ACUUAAUUUAGACUAUUUGAUUGACAUGCGCGACCUUAGAGCAAUGAGUACCCAAGCUUGGGAAGCGGCUGCAUUGUCAUAUUUGUAUACUUGUCUGUGCCGUGCUUCGAUGAAAAAGGCCAAGGAUGUGUAUGGAUUCAUUUCCUUAUUGCAGGUUUGGGCUUGGGAGCGCAUUAUACCGAUGCAGCCACCAUGCAGGGCUCUUCCGCCACACACGGCUCUUGCACGAAAGUGGACUCAUCGUAAAUCCCGCGAAAAUGAGGCACGUGAUGUGCUACCCAUAUGUAGGGAUGUAUUGGACAACCUAAUAGAUGGCCAGAUAUUUUAUCAUAAUUAUGAUUGUUAAUGGCGUUUUGAUAUAAUAGUUACGCUUAUGUGUAAUUUAUUUAUUUUAUUAUCAUGUAAUUUUAUGUUCUUUCUAUCGUAGUUUGUGUGACAGCCUUAUUCAGAGGCCAUCAUUAAUAGACUCCUUGAUUGGUGUCUGCGUGGCCGAGAUAUUUGGAUGGCGCAGGUACCCCUUAUUUGUGGAAUCUAUCGUGAGUGGCACAUGGUAGACCACGUUCUCAGACAGUUUGGUAGGAAGCAACAUAUUCCGGGACCAUGUGUUGAGAUUGAUCAUUUUCAUUACAAACGUGACAAGCGGUAUGCUAUAACAGAGGAGGAUCAACAAAUUUUUUUGCAAACGGACUAUUUUUGGGAGAAUCGUCGAGAAAGGGUAAUUCGAGCCGCGUAUCAAACUCAAGACCCUG